AUGAGCGGACCUGAAACCGGCGGACGCUACAGCUUCUCCCUCACGACCUUCUCGCCGUCCGGCAAGCUCGUACAGAUCGAGCAUGCGCUGGCAGCUGUUGGGCAGGGAACGACGAGUCUGGGCAUCAAGGCGACGAACGGCAUCGUCCUCGCUACCUCGAAGAAGGCGCCUUCCCCGCUUGUCGACGACUCUAUGCUCGAGAAGGUCGCGCUGAUCUGCCCCAACAUUGGCAUGGUCUACUCGGGCAUGGGUCCCGACUUCCGAGUGCUCGUCGCCAAAGCACGAAAGUCGGCGCAGGCGUACUGGAAGAUCUACGGAGAGUACCCGAGCACGAGGGUGAUGGUUGGUGAGAUUGCGACGGUCAUGCAGGAUGCGACUCAAUCUGGCGGUGUCCGACCAUUCGGCGUCUCGCUCCUCGUCGCCGGCUUCGACAACGCACGAGGGCAUACCUUGUACCAGGUCGACCCGUCCGGCUCGUUCUGGGCGUGGAAGGCGAGCGCAAUCGGCAAGAACCAGACGAACGCGAAGACGUUCCUCGAGAAGCGCUACAAUGACGACCUCUCGCUCGAAGACGCGAUUCACACCGCCUUGUUGACGCUAAAGGAGGGCUUCGAAGGUGUGAUGGACGAGAAGACAAUCGAGCUGGGCAUCAUCUCGACGACGCCGACCGAGGAGGGCGUCGCGACGACGGGACACGGCACGGGCUUGAACGGCGCGCCUGGGUUCCGGAAGCUCACGGAGGCGGAGGUUGCGGAUUACCUGCAGCUGUAG